CCCGCAUUCUUUCCGAGGCGCAAAUUCACGUCACGUCUCGACGCGACACCAACGAUUCAGCAUUCAGCCCGCCUUCCUACUUCACCCACAUAGUCGCCGGCUUUCCACUACCAGCGGCACAUAAUGACUGGCCGAGGAGGCGGUGGCGGUCGCCGGGUUCUGCUCCCCCCGAUCAAUUUCCUCUUCCGUCUGCUGCAACAGCACUCGACGGUCCAGAUCUGGCUGUACGAGCAGCUCGAAGUCCGCAUCGUUGGCACUAUUCGCGGAUUUGACGAGUUCAUGAACCUGGUGAUCGAUAAUGCGGUUGAGGUCAAGCUCAAAUCCAAGACAAACGAGGUCGAGACAAGACGGGAACUGGGGCAAAUCCUUCUAAAGGGUGACAAUGUCUCCCUAAUCCAGUGCAUCAAUGCAUAGGAGAACAGGGUCCUGGUCACGGCUUAUUUAAGAGCAGAGGAGCGAGUUUUGUUUGGAUUCCGGGACGGCCAGCGCUCAACAUGGGGCAGCACAAGCCCUUCCCGCCUAGAUUUCACUUAGCUUCACAACCUUGUGGAAAGCCCGGUCGUUCUUACAGUCAUCGAGAUUCCCGUCCUCAUGUUACCUAAGAAUGCUGCUCCCGCACGUCGGGUGUAAUGAAAACGCGGAUCCCCAAUCGAUAGCCAGAGUCCCAACGUAAGGCCCCAGUAAGUAAGGCAGGGCAGAUUGCAUCAGCGACUUGGCAAGUUGCACGGAACAUGGCAGUCAGACAAGACCCUUCUUUCAGCGCUCUAUCUAAUCAAUCUAAUCAAAUCAAUCAUUAUGA